AUCAAAGUACUAUGUUCUCUGCCAGCUCCAGUGCUCUGCUACCUACUUAAGCUAUACUUACUACAUUCAAAUAAUUGACAUCCCCAAAUGCCACCAUGCCCAUCAUCAGCAAUGCCAACCAUGAUUUUAGCAAUCUCUCAGUCAGCACAGACGACAGCAGCCUUGACCUGUUUUUCUCAGAAAUUCCAGUGACCGAAACCAUCAAAGGUGUAUACUUUCAACGUGCCCAGCGACUACACAACAUCCCGGCCUUCAGAGAUGUUGACCACAGUAAACUAGCCCUCAUCAAUGUUGGAGGAGAUUGCUACACUUUUCCUUGGAGCACACUGGAGGAAUUCCCACUCACUCGUUUGGGACAGCUGUGUCACUGCAGCAGCCCAGAUGAUAUCGCCCAGCUUUGUGAUGAUUAUGAUGAGGCCCGGCGAGAGUUCUUUUUUGACCGCAGCUCGAUGGCCUUCCGGGUCAUCUUAAACUUCCUGGCUGCAGGUAAACUGAGACUGCUGCGGCAGGUGUGUGCUGUGUCACUGUCUGACGAACUCAACUAUUGGGGCAUCGACCCUGUUCACAUGGAACGCUGCUGUCGGCGCAAGUUGUUGUCCCGUGUGGAGGAAGUAGGAGAGAAGAAAAGGAAUGAGGAAGAGAGGAGGCAGAAAAGGCUAGCCCUACAGAGCCCAUUAGCACAAGAGAAGGGCUACAUCUGGCUCAUGAGCCGGCUGCAAGAAAUAUGCACAAAAUCACUAUUCAAUGUUGGAGGAGAUUGCUACACUUUUCCUUGGAGCACACUGGAGGAAUUCCCACUCACUCGUUUGGGACAGCUGUGUCACUGCAGCAGCCCAGAUGAUAUCGCCCAGCUUUGUGAUGAUUAUGAUGAGGCCCGGCGAGAGUUCUUUUUUGACCGCAGCUCGAUGGCCUUCCGGGUCAUCUUAAACUUCCUGGCUGCAGGUAAACUGAGACUGCUGCGGCAGGUGUGUGCUGUGUCACUGUCUGACGAACUCAACUAUUGGGGCAUCGACCCUGUUCACAUGGAACGCUGCUGUCGGCGCAAGUUGUUGUCCCGUGUGGAGGAAGUAGGAGAGAAGAAAAUGAAAGAGGAAGAGAGGAGGCAGAAAAGGCAAGCCAUACAGAAGCCUCUAGCACAAGAGAAGGGCUACAUCUGGUUCAUGAGCCAGCUGCAAGAAAUAGUGGAAAACCCUCAUUCUGGCUGGCUUGGGAAAAUCUUUGCAUGCUUCUCAGUGGUCAUGAUUGCUGUGACAGUUAUCAGCUUGUGUAUCAGCACCAUGCCUGAUCACGAUAACAGGGGUAAAUGCUCAGAAAAAUGUCGCAACAUAUUCAUAGUGGAAACGGUGUGCGUGGCCUGGUUCUCCAUGGAGUUUUUGUUGCGCUUCCUGCAGGCUCAACGCAAACUGCAGUUUGUUCGAAAUCCACUUAAUAUAAUAGAUGUCAUAGCCAUUCUACCAUACUACAUUUCUUUGGUUGUCGAUAGCGAAGAUGAAUCUGAAGAAGCCGAGCUUAAUGGUAGCGCUGGUCGUGGAUAUUUAGAUAAGCUGGGUUUAAUUCUGCGAGUCAUGCGUGCCCUGCGAAUCCUGUAUGUGAUGCGACUGGCACGACACUCACUGGGCCUUCAGACCCUGGGUCUUACAAUACAACGGAGUAUGCGAGAAUUUGGACUCCUGCUUCUCUUCCUCUGUGUGGCUGUAGCUCUAUUCUCACCUCUCGUACAUUUGGCAGAGAAAGAAUUCACAAAGAACAAGCCCACUGGGCCCCACAGCUUUAGCAGCAUUCCUGCUUCCUAUUGGUGGGCUAUCAUAUCCAUGACGACCGUUGGCUACGGUGACAUGGUACCACACAGUAUACCUGGCCAGGUUGUUGCCUUUAGCAGCAUACUGAGUGGUAUUCUUAUCAUGGCUUUUCCAGCUACAUCUAUCUUCCAUGUUUUUUCUCGUUCAUACCACGAGCUGAAGCGUGAACAUGAAAUGAUUUGUAAAGAAGAGCGAGCGGCCACCUUGGAUGCUAAAGAGGACGCCCAGAGAGUGCUGGAGAGACACUCUUUUUCUUGAGCCAGCAAUAAGAGUAAUAGUCAAAGCAAGGGCAAUGGCACAGCUGCCAGUCAGCCAACAUGCUGCAAUAACAUCUGAUCUAUUAUUUGCAUAUCUCUUCAUACUUUGUUGGAUUUAUUAUUUUCUACAUGUGAUUUUUAAAUCUGUUGGAAUGUGAUUUCUGUGACAAAUCAAUAAAAUAAU